AUGAUGUCUACCAGAAGGAUAACCUGCAAAAGGCCAUUUACUGACGCCUUUGAAAUUGAGUCCAACAGUGCCCACAGAAGUGCCCCGGUUCAAGCGAUGGAUGGACAUCCACAGAAUCGGAUAAAAGAACCAAUAAAGGGCAAGUCCCCAAGAAAGUUACCGCGACGGCGACCAGCCACCCAGAUGAAAAUCAGCAAGGCUGCCAUUGGGUGGACAUCGUGCAAUCCUUUCCAACCACAGGUCAAGGGGAGCUGUUUGGACGGAUCAGAAGUGAGGGCUCCGCAAUCCGAUGUGUGCAAACACAGGGAAGACAAGAAUUCCUCAGAUGCAACUGCGCUGGGUCAGGAUUGCGCAGCCGCCAUUCAGCUACUGUCGUUGCGAUUUGGUGCUACAACGCCAAGAGACACUGCGCAUGUGGUGUCAAGCUUGGAUCAGUUGUUCGGGCCAGUGAUUCCAGAGGCACCUGCUGAGCCCAAGCUGCUGACAUGCCCAGACAGGCUGGUCAGUCUGCCAGCAGAAAAGAUGUGUGAGCUGAGGAAGAUGGAGGACGAACUGUUGCAAGCGCGGUGGGAUGUCCAUGCGGCGGAAGUUGCAGCAAGUGCUGUGGCACAGAUCUUGGCGGUUAGGACGGCGGCCGCGGCGCAGGCUCGUGCGAGAUAUGUCCAAUCUUGCAGCCGCCUCCAGGGGUUCAUUGCGGAGGCGAAUGGGGCUAACAUUCUGUAA